GCCAUAAAAGGCGGGACUGAGGCAGCCCCGAGGCAGCCCCGCAGGGUGUUUCUCUGUGGGUGGCCGGUUCCUCAGGAGGGCAAUGGACAAGAUAGGGCGUGUGAGGCUCAGACGGGUCUAUAUCCGCAAGAAGAGGGCUGGUGAAAGACUCAACCUCACCCCAAAGCCAAACCUGGCCCUCCCUGGAAAGACCCCGCUAGGUCUGAAGGGAAAGGGCAAAGAGCAGGGAUUGCAGAAGAUAACUGAAAAAGAGGAAUUGAGCAGGCCCACAGGUAGCAGCUCACGGCGGCCAAGUCAGCUAAGUAUUCCAGGAGGGGAAAGCCUACAAGAAAAUAGUGCUGGAAAAGAGACCCCAGAGGAAAAGACAACACCAUUGAGUGAGUCAGUGACUGAUGCCUUCGAGACUGACAGCUUUUCAUCAAGUGCUGAACUCGUUUCAGGACCAAGCAUGCAGGAUGAUGUUUCCAGUUGUCUCCCGAGUUGUUCAAACGCAGAGUCAUAUACAAAGAACACCGAAGACAGUGGGAGUAGCUUCCCAUCACCAGAACUGUUCAGAGGGGCAGACUGUUUGGAUUGGGAGCAUCCCAAGUUGGAAGAUUACAUGCUCUACAAGAAUUCUACUCUUCUAGACACCAGUAAAGCAGUAGUGAUAGAGAAGGCGCCACAGUUUGCAAACCUCUCUGCAGUUUUGAGUUCCUCUUCAGAAAACUAUGAAAAAUGCCAGAGAAAAAUAGGAAUGACAUUAGAGGCCCAAUAUAUUUCUCCAGAACCAAAGUAUACUUCAAACCUAGCAUCAGAAAGUGCAGCUUCUGGAGUCAUAUGCACUGAGAAAACUGGCCCUCCAACAAUCAAGACAACAAAGAAAAAGCCUGAAAAAGAAUCUGAAGAUGGAGGUCCACUUGUUCAGACAAAGUUGAGCUCUGGUCAUCCGGACAGCAAGGUCCUGUGCUCCCCUCUUAGUUCAGCUCCUGAAAGCAGUGCAGUCAGGGAUGCUCUGCUGCCUCAGCGCCUGGAGCCUGCGCUGAAAAAAAGUUGUAUUCUUCCUGAUAAUCAAAGCAAAGUCCUGCUAACAAGUACGCCAUCCUCAGACAUAGCUGAGUUUGUGAUUGAUUUGUCUCCAGUGCAAAAUGUAUCUUUUGAAGAACUAUUUCCAAAUGUCAGCAAUUAUGUUAACUCAAGUGAAAUUGUUCCUGUAUCAAGUUGGCAAGAAAGUUCUUUAAAUGAGGUUUCUCCAAACACAUCAGAGAUCUGUUGUAUUAUUAGGGCAUCACCAGGAACUAGACAGAUGAGAAGGAAAGAUGCGACUGUGAAAAACAGAUGCUCUGUUCCUACAGACGUUCCUCUAGAUAUUAUAAUGAAGACAAAUGGCAGAACUUAACAGCAGCUGGAUGUUCACUGCUUUGAAGAUGUGAAUGUGAAUAUGAAGUCCAUACAAGCAGAAUGUCUGCCUGAAAUUAUAUAAAAUUAAAAAUUCUCUUAUUGUUUGUGAUAAACCGAGUGGAAAUUCUCCUAAUGGUCUUGUCAUUUCCUUUAGUCAGUUAAGAAAGAAAGCAUCCCCCCAUAUUCUUCUUAAAUUUGUACUUUAAAAUAUGAACCAGUUAGAUGUUAUUAAAAGACCAUGCACCAAAA